AUGAGCUCACGCCGCGAUAAUGGCCACCAGGCAGCUGCGAAGGGGAAACAACCAGUCCGUACACCGCAACACCGGCCGGUGCAGCAGUCGCAAACCACUACCCAAGCCAAAACCAGUAGCACAGUUGUAACAGGGUUUGACGGCGAGCCGGCGCAAGUAAUUGAGACGGAAGAGCAUGUGACCAAGAAGACCGUAUGGACUCGGAUCCUGACCGGGGCGACGAAUGCAGCGAAGCCGGCGUUGAAGCAGACGGGCAAGGCGCUCAAGUCGGCGGUCCCGCAACCCCGGAUGACGGGCAAGGACGACCUGGGCUCCAACUUGAGUUACUACCGCAAGACCUUCUUCCUCCUCGACCAGCAGACCCGGUUCGAUCUCUACAUGGCCGGCCUCGCACCUAGAAUGACCAAAUCGGAGGCCCGGAGGUUCGACUCCCAAAUUCCCACCCGUCGCGUCUGCCGCAGAUUCAAGAAGGUUCCGGUCAUGUACGCCACGCAGGAGCCGCCCAACGAACAGGCCGCCUCUCCCAGGAAUCUCGCCAAAGGGGCCAAGGAUGCUAAGGCUCACGCGGCCGUCGCCAGCAGCAGCAGCAGCAACACCAAGAACAGCAACAAGAACCACAAGACAAGGGUGGAUAGGAAGGGGAAGGGGAAGACGGUGGGCGCCUCCUCAGACGAUCCAGACGCCCUGCCUGCCCAUCCGACGCCGGCAGCCUUUAAUCGGAUAUCAUACAGGGUGCAGAUCAGGUCGAGGCCGGCCUCCAGCAGCGCCGGGAUGCAGCAGCAGCAGCAGCACCAGCAGCAGCAACGGCCUGAGCAACACCACCGACAACAACAACAUCGACCACAACCACGACCACAACAACAACCAUACCUCCUCUAUCCGCAAGCUCGUGUCUUCCAGGCCACCGGCCACUGCGGAAGCGUCCAGCCCCACGACCAGGGACAAGGGCCACCGGCGACAGUGAGGGCGCAGGCGCCGGAAAGGAGAUCGUUCGGGCGGAGGAUGGCCGGGCAGACCGUUGCUAGUAUUUCGAGGGGCUAA